AUGGCCGACACGACCAAGGCUCCCUCCGAGGAGUCGUUCGAGUUCAUCGAGACUCCUCCGGCCCACACGCCGCUGCCCGCCGAGAACUACGGUGUGCGCACCACGAGCUACCCGACCAUCAAGAACGCCCCUCUGCCCGCCGAUGGCCCCGGCAGCGACAGCUUCAACAACAACAUCCUGUUCGCCCUGCUCGGCGGCAUCCCACUGUACUUCACCUUCAAGGUCGGCGGCGGCAUCAAGACAUGGAUCUUCUUCGGCAUCCUGACCGCCAUCCCCAUCCUGAUGGCCUUCUGGACCGUCGCCUCGACCUUUGCCCCGCGCAAGAACGAGAAGGCCCGCUACCCGGGCAAGCCCAUCGACCACUACAUCCAGUUCCACAACGAGGAGGACCGUGACAAGUACUACGGCAAGAACAAGAUCCCUAUGCACACCUUCCACGAGAAGUACUUCGACGGCGAGAUCGACUUCAAGGGCGACGCUCUCGAGAUCCUCGAGUACCGCCACGACUGGGCCAGCUUCAAGUUCACCUGGGGCCUGUUUGUCUUCUUCCUGACCGGCAUGAUGCCCGAGGUCAUCCUCCACACCCGCUCCCAGGACGAGGAGCAGGUCCGUGACCACUACGACCGCGGUGAUGACUUCUAUGCCUGGUUCCUCGGCCCGCGCAUGAUCUACACCUCCGGCAUCAUCUCCAACAUCAACGAAGAGGAGUCGCUCGAGCAGCUCCAGGACAACAAGCUUGCCGUUGUCUGCGAGAAGAUCGAGCUGAAGCCCGGCGAGCGCAUGCUCGACCUCGGCUGCGGCUGGGGUACUCUUGCCAAGUUCGCCUCGGUCAAGCGUGGUGCUCACGUCACCGGCAUCACUCUCGGACGCAACCAGACUGCCUGGGGCAACUCGGGCCUCCGUCGCGCCGGUGUCUCCGAGGAGCAGAGCAAGAUUCUCUGCAUGGACUACCGCGAUGUCCCCGUGCCCGAGGGCAAGUACAACAAGAUCACCUGUCUCGAGAUGGCCGAGCACGUCGGCAUCCGCCACCUGUCUGGUUUCUUCCGCCAGGUCCACGACAUGCUCGACGACGACGGCAUCUUCUUCCUCCAGAUUGCCGGUCUGCGCAAGAGCUGGCAGUACGAGGACCUCAUCUGGGGCCUGUUCAUGAACAAGUACGUCUUUCCCGGCGCCGACGCGUCCACUCCCCUCGGCUUCGUCGUCGACCGCCUCGAGGGUGCCGGCUUCGAGGUCAAGCACAUCGACACGAUCGGCGUGCACUACUCGGCCACUCUCUGGCGCUGGUACCGCAACUGGAUGGCCAACCGCGAGAAGGUCGAGGCCAAGUACGGCAAGCGCUGGUUCAGGAUCUGGGAGUACUUCCUUGCCUACUCGACCAUCAUCUCUCGCCAGGGCGGUGCCACGUGCUGGCAGAUCACCCUCGUCAAGAACAUCAACUCGACGCAUCGCAUCGAGGGCAUCCCCACCCAGUACAACAUCUCGGGUGCUCUCAAUGCCUUCCACGCCAAGAAGCAGGAGUAG